AUGGGCCAACAGACGAUUUCAAAGAUCAGUCCGUACCUAGUACACUACCUCCUGACGACGUACAUCGUGUGGACAGCGGGACUUCAUCACCUUGUCCAAGCCCAACCCACAGCCAAGGCCGAUUCUGGGGUGAUGUGUGUGAGUGGGUGUAGCUGUAACAGCGAAACGGCAUCAGUCACCUGUAUAUGGCCAUCUUUGGACGCGAUAGCCGGCGUUCCCGGGAGCACCCGCGCGCUGAGCUUCCGUGGCGGGAAACUGACGAAGGUUCCACGGGGUGCGUUCUCCAGCUUCGGCAGCCUGAGGACUCUCCACCUGGACCAGAACAGGAUCAAGACGCUCACGGACGGGUCCUUCUCCGGGCUGGCCAACCUGAGGAGGCUCUCGCUCAGCAGGAACGCGCUCUGGGUGAUUCCCCGCAACUCGUUCCGAGGCCUACAGCGCGUCUCCCGUCUGGACCUGAGUAAGAACCGGAUUUCCGUCCUGUCCUCCUACAUCUUCACGGGUCUGACGUCACUGCUGACGCUCGACCUGCGCGACAACCCCGUCAGUUACGUCACGGACAACGCGUUCGCCGGGGUGACGGGACUGAGACAGCUCUACCUGCGCGGCUGCCGCGUCACUAACAUCGCUCACGUCACCAAACCACUCCGCACCCUCCUCUCACUCCAAACCCUGACCAUGCAGUCCCUGCGAAUCUCUUUUCUCCCCACGAAAGCCAUUCCGUACCUUCCUAACCUGACUUCGGUUGAUCUAAGCUACUGGAAGAGUCUGAGACGCAUUCACUCUUUCGCUUUCAGCGGGUUAAAUCUCAAAACUCUCAAACUGAAUGGCGGCGCUCUCGCUAGUGUGCCUUCGCAGGCUAUCUUAAAGAUCCCUUCCUUAGUAAACCUUAGUCUGUCGGGAAAUCCGAUCCGAUAUAUUCAGCCCUACGAUUUUAACGGGUUGAAAAACCUCCAGAACCUUAAUCUGAAGAGUCUUAACAUCUUGGAUGUUCUAGAGAGGGGGUUCAUAGGAUUAGACAGCCUAAAGUCUCUGGAUUUAAGCGGGAAUCCCCAGCUACAGCCUUUGAGGCGGACGGUUUUUGGCAGUCUAAAAACGGUCGUGUCUCUAAAUGUCACCGGUUCUACGUGGAAGUGCGACUGCAACUUGAAAUGGUUCGCAGCGAACCCGAACGUUGACAUAAAAAGGAUCACGUGUAACAGCCCCCCUCUCUGGAGAAACAAGAAUCUGUUUUUCUACCUGAAGACUCAAGCGUAUGAUAACCUCAUGACAUGUGAUGUUCCCACUGUGGUCGUCAGACCGUCAGUGUUGAACGCUUCCGUUGGCCAGACCGCUAAACUAUCCUGCCUCGUGUCCAGCGGCGCUGCCUCUACCGUCAACUGGGUUGCUCCUAACAAAAGGGUGGUCCUCUCCGGCUUGCCCUGGGGCCGGCUUAGCAUGAACCAAACCCAGCGCGCAGUCGGCAUCUUGUCCAUCAAAAACGUCUCCGUUGCCGACGCAGGAAAGUACGUCUGUUUGGCCUACAACGGUGGGGGGAACAGAACCGCAACGGUACAGCUGAAAGUAGUUCCUGCCGUCCCAACACCAGCGUCUUACCUGCAAUUUACACACGGGUACACCACCGAGAAUUUCAUCCUGUCUUGCCUGAUCGGCUCUCUGUUGUUUAUGGGAGCUGUGGUGGGUUGUUACUCGCUUAUCUUCCCCUGCAGUAGAAUGUGCCAGGCGGAGACCAUAGCCAUUAAGAUAGACAUGCCGGAAACGACGCUGUCUCCUGAACAGACAGGGGGAAGGAAGGGUAAUGUUAGCGCUAACCUUAACAUCCAGAGGAGCACGUUAUAA